AGAGAGAAGUGCUCUUCUUCAUGUUUCUUUUGCUCCUCUUCUAUGCUUUUCGCUUCCUUCCUUUCUGUUUUCAAUCAUCGCCGGCGUGAGCGUUUAUGGUCGAUUUGUUCACAGCUAGCUGAAGGUGGAGCUCAUUUUCCUGUCGCUGAACGUCAGCUAAAACCUCUCCGUUUUCCUUUCUUCUAGCUCACCGUGUACCACUAUGUUGAGGAAUUCAAUCGGAUCUCAUUCUUUUACCUGCUACAGCGUCGAUUAUCACCUCCUUUUUCUCUGUUCAUGUCGCUGGGUUGAGGGAAUUGGGAAGAGAAGAAAUUUGAUUAAAGUUGAGAGGAGAAAUUUGAAUUCUGAAAAUGACAGGGUUCUUGCAAAUAGGGAAUCUGCUGCUCAUUCGAAGGAGAGGAGGACUCAUUACACAAUGGAGACGGAGCAGAAAGCGCUGACACUUCAACCUCAAUCAAUUCAGUUCUCUGUAGAUGACCUUGCGAAGAUUGAGAAGGAAAUUUCAGAUAUGAAAGCCAAGAACAGGGAUCUUGAAUGUGAGAUAGAGGCUAUUAAUAAUGAAACAAAGCUUAUAAGAGAACGGAACGAAUCUUUGAGGGUUCAGCUGAGUCUACUUAAGGAAGAACGUAGGCAAAGACUUGCAUUCAAGCACAACAAUUUGCAUACAAGAUUGGUGAUUGUGGAUGUUCAUCAAAAGUUUAUGGUGGUUGGGACCUUGUGACUGGUCUCAUUUGAGAGCCUAGUUGCCGUCUUAAUCAGUCCUCUUGUUAUUUUCAUGUUUCUUUUGCUUUUGUAAAGUAGGUUCAGAGUUUGGCGUGAUGUUAAGGUUGAGCUAAAAUAUAGUGGAUGUUGAAUGAAUGAAACUAAUUUAAUGCAUAAACUGCUUAAAGAAGAAAGUUUAUUCUCAUUUGACA